GCUUGUGGGAUCAGCAGAAAGGGUUCCUGAGAGUUGGGCUACCAACUGCCUUGGUGCCUUUAGCGGAUGGUUUGGGUAGGGGACCACCAGAAACCUCCGGGGCUCACAUGGACUUCUGCCGAGUGCUGGUUGUAGCCUGGGCUCUCUGCCUCCUACCAGGAUUCUGUGAUGCUUUCAACAUCGACACAAAGAAGCCACAAAUUAUACCGGGCUCUAAAGACGCUUAUUUUGGUUAUACAGUUCAGCAGCAUGAAAUCAACGGGAAGAAAUGGCUGGUGGUAGGAGCCCCAUAUGAGACAAGCGGGCAACAGAAGACUGGAGAUGUUUACAAGUGUUCGGUGAAUGGCGAAACCAACAGCACCUGUUCCAAGCUCAAUCUAGGAAGAGUAACUCUUUCCAAUGUGUCGGAACGCAAGGAUAAUAUGCGUCUGGGGCUGAGCUUGACCACAAACCCCAAAGAUAACAGCUUUCUGGCCUGCAGCCCUCUUUGGUCUCAUGAGUGCGGAAGUUCUUACUAUACCACAGGAAUGUGCUCCAGGGUGAACUCCAACUUCAGAUUCUCCAAGACGGUGGCUCCAGCUCUCCAGAGAUGCCAGACGUACAUGGAUAUAAUUAUUGUACUGGAUGGAUCCAACAGCAUCUACCCCUGGGUGGAAGUUCAGGAUUUCCUGAUAAAAAUCUUGAAGAAGUUUUACAUCGGACCGGGCCAAAUACAGGUUGGAGUCAUCCAGUAUGGAGAGGAUGCUGUGCAUGAGUUUCAUUUGAAUGACUACAGGUCUGUGAAGGAUGUAGUAGAAGCAGCUAAACACAUCGAGCAAAGAGGGGGUACAGAAACCCGAACAGCAUAUGGAAUAGAAUUUGCUCGCUCAGAAGCAUUUCAGAAGGGUGGGCGGAAAGGCACCAAGAAAGUGAUGAUUGUAAUCACAGAUGGAGAGUCUCAUGAUAGCCCAGACCUUGAGAAGGUGAUUGAAAGCAGCGAGAGAGAUAACGUCACCAGAUACGCUGUUGCGGUUCUCGGUUAUUACAACAGAAGAGGAAUCAAUCCUGAAGCCUUUCUGAAAGAAAUCAAGUAUAUAGCAAGUGACCCAGACGAAAAGCAUUUCUUUAAUGUCAGUGACGAAGCUGCUCUGAAAGAUAUUGUAGAUGCUCUUGGAGAAAGGAUUUUCAGCUUGGAAGGCACCAACAAGAAUGAAAUAUCCUUUGGCCUUGAAAUGUCCCAGACUGGAUUUUCAUCACAUAUUGUUGAAGAUGGGAUUCUGCUUGGAGCUGUGGGUGCAUAUGACUGGAAUGGAGCAGUGCUCAAGGAGACCAGUAGUGGCAAAGUUGUUCCUCACCGAGAAUCCUACCUCCAAGAGUUUCCGGAGGAACUGAAAAAUCAUGGAGCAUAUCUAGGUUACACCGUCACUUCAGUAGUGUCAACAAGACUUGACAGGAUGUACGUAGCAGGAGCACCCCGAUUCAACCACACAGGGAAAGUUAUCAUUUUCACAAUGCACACCAACCGGAACCUUACCAUCCACCACUCACUGAAAGGAGAACAGAUUGGCGCCUAUUAUGGAAGUGAAAUCAAUUCUGUAGACGUCGAUGGUGAUGGGGUCACUGAUGUUUUGUUGGUCGGAGCCCCGAUGUAUUUCAGUGAAGGAAGAGAGAGAGGAAAAGUGUAUGUCUACACUCUAAAAGAGGACCAAUUUAUUUCCAACGGGACUCUGAAAGAUCUGCAAAGUUACCAAAACUCCAGGUUUGGUUCCUGCAUUGCGUCCGUCUCUGACUUGAACCAGGAUUCUUACAAUGAUGUUGUUGUGGGCGCACCUCUUGAGGAGGAGCAUCAGGGAGCAAUAUACAUCUUCCAUGGCUACAAGGAAAACCUCCUACGGAAAUAUAAGCAGAGAAUAGCGGCCGCUGACCUUUCUCCAGGCUUAAUGUAUUUUGGGUGCAGCAUCCAUGGGAAUUUGGAUCUGAAUGAAGAUGGGCUCAUAGACCUUGCUGUUGGCUCACUUGGAAGCGCCAUCAUAUUAUGGUCCCGCAGUGUUGUCCAAAUCAAUGCCAGCAUCCGGUUUGAGCCAUUCAAAAUCAACAUCUUCAACAAGGAUUGCAUACGGAACGGGAAGGAUGCCACUUGUCUAUCUGCAUUUGUUUGCUUCACUGCCGUUUUCCUCUCAGCUCAUUUUCAAAUGGCAAGUUUGGCAUUGAACUACAACAUCACCAUUGAUGAGCGACGGUAUAUCCCACGAGCCCACCUAGAUGAAAAUGGAGACAGGCUCACUCACAAGGCGGCCACGUUGUUUGCAGGGCGACAGCACUGUGAGAGGCUCAAUUUUCAUGUCUUGGAUACAGCCGAUUAUGUGAAGCCAGUGACUUUCUCCAUUGAUUAUGCCCUGGAUAGUCCUGAUAAUGGUCCAGUAAUGGAUGACGGCUGGCCAACCUCGCUGAAAGUGGCUGUACCUUUCUGGAACGGAUGUAACGAGGAUGAGCACUGCAUUCCCAAUUUGGUUCUUGAUGCUAAAACCGAUAUUCCCAGUGCCAUGGAGUAUUGCAGACGUGUCCUGAGAAGGUCGUAUUCGGAUUGCUCCGCCUACACGCUGUCUUUUGAUACCUCCAUUUUUGUCAUAGAGAGCACCAGGAGGAGGGUGGCGGUAGAAGCUACGCUGGAGAACAGAGGAGAAAAUGCAUAUAACACCGUUCUAAACAUUUCCUUCUCAAGAAACCUACAGUUUGCAAGCUUGAUCCAGAAGGACGACCUGGACAUUAACAUAGAAUGCAUGUCUGAAGAGAAGCAUCCAAACAGGAGAGUUUGCAAUGUCAGCUACCCGUUCUUCCGGGCCAAAGCAAAGGUGGCUUUUCGCCUGGAUUUUGAGAUCAGGAAGUCUAUUUUCCUCCAAAACCUGGAGAUCUUUUUGACCGCCAACAGCGACAGCGAGGAACAAGAAAGCACGAAAGAGGACAAUUCUGCUCUUCUAAAGUUUCCGCUGAAAUAUGAGACCGACCUCCUUUUCACCAGGAGUUCCAGCCAGGACUACUAUGAGGUCAAAUCAAACAGUUCCCUGGAGAGAUAUGACAGCAUUGGCCCUCCUUUUAAUUGCACCUUCAAGCUACAGAAUCUGGGUCUCUUUCCUGUUGAUGGGGUGGCUAUCAAAAUCACCGUCCCAGUGGCCACACGAGGAGGGAAUCGCCUUCUGCAACUCACAAAUUUCAAUGUGCAUGAGGAAAAUAUGAUGUGUAACGUUGGGGGCAAUAAUACAGACUACCGAAGGACCCCCUCAGAUGAGGACUUGGGCCGCCACCCUCAGCUGAACCACAGUAAUUCCGAUGUGAUAUCCAUCGACUGCAAUGUGUAUCUGGCGGCCAAUGAAGAAGUCAGCUUUCUCUUGCAUGGAAAUCUGUGGAUGAAGUCACUGAGAGCUCUGAAAUACAAGUCUCUGAGAUUCGUGAUCAACGCCGCCUUGCAGAGAGGGUUCCGCAGUGCCUUUGUCUUCAGAGAAGAGGAUCCCAGCCGGAAGAUCAUAUUUGAAAUCUCCAAGAUAGAAGAGUCCCACGUCCCUAUCUGGAUCAUACUUGGGAGCACCUUAGGUGGCCUUCUGCUGCUGGCGCUCCUGGUGCUAGCAUUGUGGAAGCUUGGCUUCUUUAAAAGCGCCAGCCGCAGAAGAGACACAGCCCAGGACCAGAACUCCAAGGACUUGGACUAAGGUUUCCGUUCCCCCAAGCAACUCAUUUACCCAAGUUCUGUUUAGCACAGAGGGCUUCAUUUGCGUUGUUCGGGCUUCCCUUCGUUGAAAGCAACCGAACUGCAAGGGGCAAAAUGUAGCCAGCUAAAGGUGUUUCAAACUGGUUUUGUUUCCCUCCACCUAAGACACUGGAAGCACGCAGCGAGGGCUGGGAGGGUAAGUUAACAGGGACAGGAGAUCCUUUGCUGGUCAUCUCUUUCUUUCACAAGAUAUCUGCGUGUGCCCCAAGGCAGAAAUAUCAUGCCAGAAAGAACACGGAAACUCAUAGCUCCACUCCUUUUCCUGCCUACGGCAGAAG